AUGUAUGCCCAGAAGGCAUCGAGCGAGGGCUCCUACACCACCCCCGAGGGCGUGACGGUGUUGGGAGCAUACAAGCCGGAGUUCGAGUCCAUCCUGACCGAGGAUGCACUGUCCUUCGUGGCGUCCCUGGCCCGCAAAUACUCCUCCAGGGUCACAGAGCUGCUGGCUCGCCGCAAGAGCAUCCAGGCCGCCUUCGAUGCCGGAGCAAAGCCCAAAUUUUUCGCCGAGACCCAACAUGUGCGGGACGGCGAUUGGCGCGUGGGCCCCCUGCCCGCCGACUUCCUGGACCGGCGCGUGGAGAUCACAGGCCCCACCGACCGCAAGAUGGUGAUCAACGCCCUGAACUCCGGCGCCAGCGUGUACAUGCCCGACUUUGAGGACUCCAACUGCCCCACCUGGGACAAUAUGGUGCGCGGUCAGGUGAACCUGCGCGACGCCGUGCGCCGCACCAUCACCCACACCGACCCCCGCUCCGGCAAGCACUAUGCACUCAAGGAGGAGGUGGCGGUGCUCACCGUGCGACCGCGCGGCUGGCACCUGUGGGAGCACCACGUCAUGGUGGACGGCGCCCCUGUCCCCGGCGCCCUCUUUGAUUUCGGCCUCUACUUCUUCCACAACGCGCACCGCCUGCUGGAGAACGGGUCGGGCCCCUACUUCUACCUGCCCAAGAUGGAGCACUACCUGGAGUGCCGGCUGUGGAACGAGGUCUUCGUCACCGCGCAGGCGGCGCUGGGCAUCCCGCGCGGCACCAUCAAGGCCACCUGCCUGAUCGAGACGCUGCCCGCCGCAUUCCAGAUGGACGAGUUCCUGUACGAGCUCCGCGAGCACUCGGCAGGGCUGAACUGCGGGCGGUGGGACUACAUGUUCUCCUUUAUCAAGACGAUGCGCAACGACCCCUCCCGCGUCAUGCCCAACCGCUCCAUGCUGACCAUGGAGAUGCCCUUCAUGCGGGCCUACACCCUGCUGGUCAUCAAGACCUGUCACCGGCGCGGCGCCUUUGCCAUCGGCGGCAUGUCGGCGGCCAUCCCCAUCAAGGACGACCCCGCGCGCAACGCGGCGGUCAUGGACAAGGUCCGCGCCGACAAGCUGCGCGAGGUGUGCGACGGGCACGACGGCUCCUGGGUGGCGCACCCGGGCCUCAUCCCCAUCGCGCGUGAGGUCUUUGACGCGCACAUGCCGGGGCCCAACCAGAUCCACCGCCAGCGGGAGGACGUGGAGGUGACCGCGGCGGAGCUGCUGGCCGUCCCGGAGGGUCCGCGCACGCGCGCCGAGAUGCGUCAGAAUGUGGCGGUGACCAUCGGCUACCUUGCGGCCUGGCUGGGCGGAAACGGCUGCGUCCCGUUGCACAACCUGAUGGAGGACGCCGCCACGGCGGAGAUCAGCCGCGCCCAGGUCUGGCAGUGGCUGCGGUGGGGGGCCACGCUGGAGAACGGCGCGCCGCUGACCGCCGCCGACGUGCGCGAGGCGGUGGACGAGGAGUUUGCCGCGCUGGAGGCGCGGCUGGGGCGCCACGUCGUGGCCGCGGGGGAGUACCUGGACGCCGCCUUCCUCACCAAGAUGAUGACCUGCGGUCGCGAGCUGCACGACUUCCUGACCCUGCCGGCCCAGGACAUCCUGCUGGCCAUGGGCAACUAG